UUAUAAAAUGCAACGUAAAAGCUACGGCAUGUGACAGUUACAAAUGUACAGGUACGUACGAUAAAAAGCAACAAUUACGAGGACAGUAAUCUUUUUUAGCAUGCCGGCAAAUGUUACUGUCUUACGGUCCGCUUUGGCCAUUAUGUCUGAACUCCUAAUAGUCGACUGGUUCGUAGUGCCGCAGCUCCUAACUUUCAUGAUAAUGGAACAAAUCCGUCAGGUGAUAGGCAGCAAAUCUUCAAUGCCUAACCUAGAUCGGAAGUGAUAUGACUUAUGUUGCACGCACUGGUAUGGUGGGUCUUGGGAUUUUUUGAGGAUUUGGUUUUUUUUUGCUGCUAUUACCUUUAAACAAACCACUCGCUGUUGAUCGAUCGAUUGCCGAAUAUCUUAUCCGAUUGCGAGCCGAAAUAUCAGUACGCGGUACAGCAAAUCGGUUGUCCGUUUCGCAUUGGUUAUUAAGUUGGUCACCGCAGGUAAACCGCAGCAGUCAGUACUCGUUGCUGGUGGUUGCUGGUUGUCGUCGUCAUGGCGCAACUGGUUCGAUCUGUAUGCUGUUCGCUUAUCAUCAUUAGUGUCGCCAUCUUAAGCAGUGCCAACGGUCAGCUUCAAGCGUUAAAUCAAAUUCCCAUUGGACUGUUGGAACAUCUGAAACGAGUGCCACAGGUAUGGAACGCGACGUCCGCAAACGAGCAAGCUUGUCUCAAUCAGCUGGACGUAUUUGCGCGCUCAUUCGAUGCCGGUGAACCGUGGGCUCUUAGCAUGUACGAUUCGUGGGGAAAAAAUCCGGCCGGUAUACUGUUCGGCAAUGUGUUUGCGUUCGGUAACUUUGACCAAUGUCGACGCAUUUCGCACCAGAGUUCACUGACGAAGCUGGGCGGUCAGCAUUGCACACUGUACAUUGAUCUUAGCCGCACCGGUGUUCCAGUACCUGCUCCGUUGCAGUAUGGCGUCUGUAUGCCGGAUGCCUGCGAUCCGCCAAUGGUAGCCCAGCUUACCAACGCGUACUUCGCCGCCAACCAAAUGUUUGUGGGUAAUGGGCCACUGUUGGAAAAGUUCUGCUAUCGCGAUGAGGAACGAUCCUUUCCCGCGGUCACCAUCGUUGCGAUUGUUUUGUUUUCAGUAUACGGUGCAGUGCUGCUCAUGGCCACGCUGGUGGAGCUGAUCUUCCUCUACCAGAAGCAGGAAGCUCCCAGCUACGUGAAGCGUUUCUCGUUCUACACAAAUCUUGGACAUGUGUUCCGCAUCGUACCGCGCACGGUAGGUAAGGACGGUGUGCUCGAGUGUGUCAACGGUGUUCGUGCGUUGUCGAUGCUGUGGAUUAUCGUAAACCACGUGCACGAUUCGGCCCUCGGUAUACCGACGUUCAACAUACCCGUACGGCAGGAGUACGCCGAAAGUUACUUCGGCGUGCUGUUCCAUCGGUUAGGCGGAAAAGCGGUCGAUAUCUUUCUCAUGCUGAGCGGCAUGCUCGUAGCCAUGAAGAUGCUACGCGAGCUGGAACGAACGAGUCGGUUGAACGUGUUGGAACUUUGGAUGCAUCGUAUCAUACGCAUCACACCAGCAUACGCGGCAUUAAUUCUCUUCGGUAUCGCUUUCGUGGACAUAGUCGGCGAAGGUGUACUGUACAAGUUAGUCGCCGAGGAGCUGUUGAACGCGUGCACCACGAGCUGGUGGUCGGCGUUACUGUAUGUGCAGAAUUACGUUCAUUACGAGUCGAUGUGUUUCGUGCACACGUGGUACCUGUCGGUGGACAUGCAGCUGUACAUCGUGUCACCGCUGCUCAUCUAUCUGCUGUGGCGGUACGGCAAACGGUUCGUUCCGGCGAUCGUCCUGCUGGCGCUGCUCUCGAUCAGCUGCGUCUUUGCGACGUUCAUGGUGAACGAGUAUCGACUGAACCGAUCGGCACCACGGGGCGAUGGGCUGAUGCCUCGUAAAACCUACCAUCCGACGCACGCCCGUAUGUCGGUUUGGUUGUUUGGCGUGCUGUUCGGGUAUCUGUUGCAUCACACCCGGGACACGCGGGUCAAACUCUCCAAACCAGUGCUAGCACUCGGUUGGCUGCUGACGAUUGCGAUCCUCGUCGUGACGGGAUAUUCGUUGAAGCAGCUGUACAUCGGUGAUUAUACGCGUAUCGACCCGGUUGCGGACGCGUUCUACGAGUCAUUGCAUCGUUCGUUCUGGGCGUUUGCCGUCAUGUGGGUUAUAUUUGUGUGCAUCAAUCAGCAGGGUGGUAUUGUCGAUCGGUUUUUGGGCAAUCCACUGUGGCAGCCACUGUCUCGAUUGUCCUACUCGAUGUAUCUCGUACACAUUGCCAUACAGGCGAUCACACUAACGCAGGCCCUUCGCUUCCCGGUCGAGUUUACCGUGGUAAACAUAUUCUACACAUCGUUCGGGCUCAUCAGUAUUAGUGCCGCCAUCGGAACGGUCUGGUGUAUCGCGUUUGAGUAUCCAUUCUUUGGGCUAGAAAAGUACUUAUUCAAGAAAAAGCAAGCUUCGGAUUAAAAACAAUUUGGGCGGUAGCAUUUUUUUUUUGAGUAUAAAAAUGACAUCUUUGUUUUAUUAAACCACAUCUGCAACUUUUCUUCGAUACAACGGGCUCGUCACUGUACUACUGUACGAAAUUGGAACUACAUAUUUCCGCAGUAUGCACGAGGAGGGAACAAAUUAAAUAUCUAUCGCAGAAUGAAGCCAGUCUUCCAUCCUGCACGCAGUCAAAGGUCAAUGUGUACAAAGUGAGUUUAGCUUAAGCGUGAGUGGGAAAUGGUUUCCCACAUGUUCUAUUCAUUCACCACCGGUAGGAUAAACAAUUUGUAUGUGUGUAUGUCGUCUCGAUCGAUUCGGAGAUUCAGUGAUUCGAUUCGGGAAUAAAAUAAGACAUCUAUAGAACACGAUCCGCUUUUACUGCGUCUACGCAUCGGAUUGGUGUUAUACGAAAUAUGUACAACUGUCGGGGACCUUCCCACAGUCCACAAACAUACAUAUGUGUUGAACUAUACUCGAGAGGAUUCCUUUUGAUUCUAUACCGUUUUUCGCCUAACGAAACAACGUUUUUCGCUCUGCCUAACAAAUCGUAACCUA